UCUGAUACAGAGAAGUGGUGAGAGAGAGAGAGGAUACGAAGUGAUUGUCUUUCUCACUCGAAUAAUGUACAUUUUAAUUACUAAUUACUAGAUUUCAUUAGAGCUAAUCACUGAUUUUUCAUCUCACUAAAUGCUGACUUUAUGAACAUAAGAAUUGGAAAAUUUCUGAGAGUGAACCAACGCAAGCCUUGUUCUUCAUCAAACAAUGCUCCAAAGGACCUGCAUUGUCUUAAUCUCUCUUCUCUUCUCAUUUUCUCCACUUGGUAGAGCCAUGCUCAACCUCACUCUUCCCGGCCAGCAUCCCAACCCCGAAGCUGUUGUCCAAGAAGUUCACAGGAAGGUAAAUGCCUCUAUAGCAAGAAGGGAAAUGCUACAACUCUCCCGGAAAGACCAGGUUCCAUGCCAGACCGGAAACCCCAUUGACGACUGCUGGAAAUGUGACCCGGACUGGGCCAACAGCCGGCAGAGACUUGCAGAUUGCGCCAUUGGGUUCGGCCAGUACGCUCUCGGCGGCAAGAACGGCGAAUUCUACAUCGUCACCGACUCCUCAGACGACGACGCCGUGAAUCCUAGGCCCGGCACACUAAGAUAUGCCGUGAUUCAGACCGAACCUCUCUGGAUUGUUUUCCCCAGCAACAUGCUCAUCAAGCUCUCUCAGGAGCUCAUCUUUAAUAGCUACAAGACUCUCGAUGGGCGUGGGGCUAACGUCCACAUUGUCGGUGGCGGCUGCAUUACUCUGCAAUUUAUAUCCAACGUCAUUAUUCACAACAUUCAUAUCCACCAUUGUCAUCAGUCUGGAGACACUAAUGUGCGGUCGAGCCCAACCCACUACGGGUAUCGCACGAAAUCGGACGGUGAUGGGAUCUCCAUCUUCGGGUCUCAUGACAUAUGGGUAGACCAUUGUUCCCUUUCGCACUGCAAUGACGGCCUGAUAGACGCGGUGAUGGGGUCCACCGGGAUCACGAUAUCCAACAACUUUUUCUCCCAUCACGAUGAGGUGAUGCUGCUGGGUCACAGCGAUGAGUACUUGCCGGACUCCGGGAUGCAGGUGACCAUCGCCUUCAACCACUUCGGCGAGAAGCUGGUGCAGAGGAUGCCCAGGUGCAGACGCGGCUAUAUCCACGUCGUCAACAACGAUUUCACUCAGUGGGAGAUGUAUGCUAUCGGCGGUAGCGGUAACCCUACCAUUAACAGCCAAGGGAACCGCUACACCGCCCCUAUCGAUCGCAAUGCCAAGGAGGUGACGAAGAGAGUGGAAACAGCAGAAGGGGAGUGGAGGGGGUGGAAUUGGAGAUCGGAGGGGGAUAUAAUGGUGAACGGAGCAUUCUUUGUGGCGUCCGGCGAGGGGGUAGAGGUUAAGUACGAGAAGGCUUAUAGCGUGGAGCCCAAAUCCGCUGUGCUCAUCGACCAGAUCGUCAUGCACGCUGGUGUGCUCGGAGUUGGUGGCAGGGACAACAACCUGGGAAUGUGGAGCACAGGACCCAAUGGUGGUGCAACGGGUUUAGGAUCCGGCCCAGACUACACGGAUGAUAUGUCGGGGAGCAGCGUGCCAUUGUCGCCUUUAACCUCCACUCUCUUAUCCCUACUCAUUGCGUUCUCAUGCUUGUUAUUUUAUAAAAAACUCAUGACAUCUAUGUUAUGAUAUAUAAUGAGAAAUUAAGUUC